UUUAAGUAUCUGUGACAGGAUGAGAAUGUGCUUUAUAAUUUGCAAUUAACUCGUUAGAAAAAAAAUAUCAAGCGUUAAUAUUUAUAUAGUAUCAUAAUAAACUUGUUUAUUGUCAUUAAUAUAAGAGAGUUGAGCAAUUUAUCUGCGUUAAGAAAAAAUUUGCAAAAAAAAGUUCUCUCUCGCGCAUAACUUCACUUCUUCCUUCACAUCCACAAUCGAAGGAAAUUAUAUACUGUCAACAAUUAGUUUCAGUUUUUCUAGCGUAAAUUGAACGGUCAUGAUGACAUCAUUUUUCACCGCAAGCGUAUAAAUAUACGUACAAUUGUCAACGAGACGGAUUUGCCGCGAGAAAUUCAUAUCGGUCCUUAAAUAUGUUUUCGCAUAAUUUACUUGUCAACACCGGGAAUAUACUGUCCCUAAGCGAGGCGAAGCAAAAGGCGAGUCAAAAUUCCACGGACGAGUUAAGUGAGACAUUAAAAAUUAUCUUGAAUGAUAAGCAAAGCAAAGGAGAUGAUAUAACAUUUAUCAGUGGAAAGGAGGAUACAAGCCUACAGGAUGUCGAUAGGAAAGACUUAAAGAUUACUGUAAAAGUAUUUAUCUCUUCACCCGAUGUUGACUCGUUGAAAGAAGCAUUAGAUCAAGCAUUUAAAGCAUUAGGCACAAAUAUCAUAGAAUCUUUAGUAAUAGCUUACAAAAGUGAUGAAGAUCCACAAAAUCUGUUGUCAUCAUUAAAAAAAAUAUGGUCUGUGGUAGAGGAUUAUGUAAAAAUUGAUAAAUUAUCUAGUGUUGGAUUGAGCGAUAUUAAUACAAACACAUUCAUUGAAUUGUUUCAAUGGGCUGAUGUGAAGCCAAAUAUUGUACAAAUUAAUUUGGCUACAUGUUGCGUGGUACCACCAGCCUUGCAACAAUUCACUAAGGAAAAUGAUAUUCAGUUGUUAACACACAGUGAUCCAAGUGAAAUAUUUCCUCAAGAGAUAUUAGAGAGUAUAUUUGGCAGAACUGCUUACUUGCGUUGGCUGAUAAGAUAUCAAAUCCAUCUUAAAUGCCGUGGAAUUUUAUCAUCGAAAGGGUACUUAUUGUAUAUUAAUAUGUCAAGCUUAAAAUUUUAAUGUUGAUAGUACUGCUAAAGAUAAUUUCUAUUUACACAGCUUAAUAUGUGAUACAUAUAAUUUUAUAUUAUUCUGUAUCAAUAUGAAAUGUUUUACAUAGAAAAUUUAAUAUUGUUAAAUUUUGUGAUUAUUAGCAUUGAAUAUUUUGUACAUAAUUUUCAUAGUUUAGAUAGAGCACUGCAUUAUAUAUUUUAUAUUUUCAUCGCUUAUUAAUUAGAUUUAAUGAAUUUUUAUAUAAAUUUUUAUAAAAAAAAGGUAUAUAGAGAAGAUGCGCAUUUUUUUUAGCGAAUAUAUUAUCAAGUGUUAUUUCUUUAUAGCUGAUGAAUAAAUUAUUUGAGAAAAAUAAAUUGUAUAUAAAGCGCACAAAUACUUUGUCCGACUUUAUGCGAAAGAUGAAAAAUCGAUUAAAUUGAACUUUGUACAAACUACAUUUUUUUAAAUGUGUCGUAAAAUA